GUUCACGCCAAAGUUAAUUGUAAUCAGCCAUUCUUUCCCUCAUCUACUCACAAUGAAAACUUUUGAACAAUUCAUCAAUGAGAAUAAGCAAAAGUGUAGUGAUUUUGACGAGAUCUACGCGAGUUUCUCUUAUACGCAAAUAUCGAACACUAUUUAUUUACGCCACUCCCGUUGUCGUUGAUGGACAUGAAUGGUAAAUAAUCUGUUUUUAACUCUUGCACUUUAGACACAUUGGAAGCGUAUCAGGGCGAGCAAGCUGAGGGGGAGGAGGAGAUGGAGAAGGAGAGCGGGGAAGAGGCACCGGCGGCAUCCCCAACCAAAAGAAGACGUAUUUCAAUCCAAAUGCAUGAAACGCCAGAGCCAUGGCGUUCAUUGACGGUCGCGCUAAUAAGUUUGGUUAAUGGAGUAAAAAAUGCAGAAAUUCCUCCAGUUCCUCUAGACAUGUUGGCAGAUCAUACCAACCUCUUCAGACAUGCCAGCAAUUGUCUCCAGCAAUACCAGGAGAAUGUCAAAGAGACAGUUCACAUCAUGAAUGCAAUGGUGUCAAUGUCGUGCGCCUUGAAUCUGUGUGCAUCAGGAAUGGAAGAAUACUUCAAAGACGCCUACCUUGAUUCUGCGCGUAAAGCAUGCAUCCGAAAAGGCUUUAACAAGGAUCACAAUGUUAACGAAGUUCUCAGCCCCAUGCGAGAGAUACUAAAGAAAGGGGUUGAGCAUCUGUCGCACUGGAUACAAGUGCGCAGAGGCGAGAAUUCCCAGCUCUCUCUUGCAGGCACCCCUGGCCCUUCGGAUCAAAUUCAUGAUCAAAUACUGAGUGUAAUACAGCACAUCUGUCAUUUCAUCAUGGAGCCUCCAUUUGGGUCGUCACCGCCAUCUGAGGAAGACUGUUCUCAUCAGUGGUUCACUAUUUGCAAUGUUAAAGCCCAAAAAUAUUUCGAUUCACACCUAUGUCUGUCUCCAAGUCCUAAGUUAAUUUGAAAAGUGUCUGAUGUGUAUUAUAUAUUAAUGAUUACUUUAAAUCUUUAAUAAUCACUCAUUUCUGUAGAGGAGACCAGAUGCUCAAUUGCACAAAGACCGUGCAAAGGAUCUGCAGGGCGAGUUUGGUGAUAUCUCAGAAAGUGGAAGACGAUGCGACCUAUUUUUUAGGUCUAGUAAGCAUGAGCUCGCCAAUUUUAAGAUAAAGCGACCUUCUCGAUGUGGGUCGAUUCUGACACAACAGAACAGGAAGAACAUCAGGAUCAACCGCUGUGUACAACUUGCGCUACACGAAGCAGGGCUGUUAUUGCUGGAGACAUAGUGGGUAUGCCUUUUAUCAAUAUUCGUUGCUUUUUUUUUAUUGCAUUUGUAGUUGUGUUGCAUCUGUGGUUUCUGUUGCCCUUACCGCCAUUAAGAGAUUGUGUCUGUAGAAUUCCUUGCGAUGUUUUACGUUAUUCAGAGCUAUGGCGACAUCUUCAUAUGCGGACAGGUG